CUGUGGUCCAUGUCAUGUCAUAUUCCCAAAACAAACACACAUUUUUCAUUGUUUUGUUUUAAAAUUAGAUCUCAUUAUGGCAAAAUUCUCUUUAGAUGAUAGUGAAGAGUAUUAUAUAAAACUGUCCGAUCAACCAAAACGAUUCGAUGCCGAUAGUCCUGUUACGAACGUGUUUUUCGAUGACACCAAUGGCCAGGUAUUUACCGUCAGAUCAGGAGGCGUGACUGGAGUAACUGUUAUAGGAAUGGAUAACUCUAAGAAUACGUCUUUCCGAAUGGAAGACAGAGGUCCAAUAAUUUCCAUAAAAUUCUCUCCUGACCAUAAAAUACUGGCCAUUCAAAGAAACCAUGAGAGUCAAAACCCUGUUAUAGAAUUUGUGAACUUCAAAGAUUUAGCACCUACCAAUGUGGAAUAUUCUCAUACUUGCAAAUGGAAAAAUGCCAAACUUGUUGGCUUUGUGUGGCCUAAAGCUAAUGAGAUUGCAUUUGUGACAGACCAUGGUAUAGAGCUAUUGCAGGUUUUGCCUGAAAAAAAGCAGUUGAAGAGUUUAAAAAGCACUUCUUUCAGUGGAGCCUGGUUUUCCUGGUGCGCCUUAAGCAACAUAGUUCUACUUGCCGGCAACAAUGGAGCUCUACUACAGCCGUUCUUAUUAAACAACUCCAGCAUCACAAAACUGCAGAAACUUGAAUUGGAUGCUGCUAGACCUGUGGUAGAAAGAGAUGUGUUUCUGCUACGAUUAUGUGACGCUACAUGGUGCGCCGUAUUCCGUCACGGUGUGACCACAAACGUCACUGCACCAGGACCCACUGAAGUCUGGUUGUUACUAGUGUCGGGUACAGUUUCACACAGCACGCACAUAUUGAAGACCGGUUUAGUGGGCCGGUUCGCUGUCAAUGUCGUUGAUGAUCUUGUGGUUGUUCAUCAUCAGUCGUCGCAGACAUCGCUGCUGUUCGAUAUCGCAGAGACCGUGGGCACGGAUGGUCACGUGGGGCAGGUGUCCCACGCGCCGCUGCUGCCCCCCGCGCCGCUGCGGCCCGCGCGAGUGCCCGACCUGUGCCCCAUGUACUCGAGCAACUGGGUGGUGUUCCAACCGGACUAUAUCAUCGACGCGCGCCUCGGGUGCCUGUGGCGAGUCACCUUGGUACCCUCCGCUUUAGCUCACAACAUACCGAAGGACGACAUACCCAGGAUUGUAGCAGUGCUGCUUCGAAGGUCAGAUUCCGAAGACACCAUAUACAGGAUACUGGUCCAACUGGUUGAGAAUACUGACUCAUAUCUUGUCGAAUUAACGAAGGUCUUUGAUGAAAUCAACAGCGUUUAUAAACAAUGGGCGGAAUGUGAAAUGGCACGGAGUGUAGCGGGAGUGGGAGGCAAUGCAGGGACAGAAGUCGGCUCCCGCACGCCCGUGGUGGUGUCGCAGACGGACUUCUGUACCCGAGUACUGCACGCGCGGGCUCAUAUGCCGAGAUUAGUACAGGUGGUGGCAGCAUACGCUGCGUCGCUGUGGCGGCAAGGGCUCGUGGUCCAGCAGCCCGUAGCCGAGGCCUGCGUCCGCGUGCUGGUGUCCCACGGGCGGGGCGGCCGGCUGCGGGCGCUGGUGCGGCGACGCUGCCUGCCCGACUCCAGGCCCCUCGCCUGCCAGCUGCUGGCCCUGGGGGAGCUGCAGCUGGCGCUCGACAUGAUGGCCCGCCUGCAGCGCACCGCGGACAUAGUGGAAGUGCUCCUCGGGUGGGACGAGCCGGUAGCCGCAGCGGGCGUAUCCAGAUCCUCAGGCGGGGUCCCGGUCCCGGUCCCGGCUCGCAAGCUGUUGGCGGCGGCGCGGCCCCGCCCCCCGCACACUUUCCUGGCGCUCUACCACGCGCUGCAGCUGCAGCCCGUCACCUCCGCGCCAGGUGAACAGUGUGACAUAUAUGACGAGUAUUAUAAACAACUGACAUCAGAACAGACAUCAUAGCAUGGAUUUUUAUAGUUAAUUACUUAAUAAAAGACUUGACACUCAUGCCUAUAAUGUAACUGUUACUGUAAAUUAAUAUAACCAGCAACAUAAAAUUGUAACCGUUAAUAAAUUCCUGACUGAAUUAUUAAAAUAGAGAUUUAUCAUCAAGUAAGAAAUUAAUCAUAAUAAAAAUGAUACCUAUUAUGUUAUGUUAUUGUAAGUGAGAGUAUUUAAGAUUAUGUAAAUGUAUAUGUUGUUAUGAAUAAAAUGUUGACUCUC